UCGUAAUAAUUUGCAAUUAUAUUAGUUCUCUUCUCGUUAUUUUCUGUCGAUUUUAUUGUAAGAUAAUAGUAAAUAUUGUGCGAAAAUGAAAGAGGAGAAAUGUGUGUGGAGUACUUUCGUUCGCAGACAAAAAUUGACAUUCGUAUUUGUAUACGUAAGAAUCAUUGCGUCGUAUAACUAAGCUUUUAACUUAAUGAUACAUCGGAAACUUGACUUGUUUGCGAAGGAAAGUAAACGUUUACUUAAUUUACCCAAAGUAAAUAAUGGGAACAGAGAAAAGGUAUAAGACGGUAACGAUGACGUUUCUGUAUUAGAUGAUCAAACUAAGCGAGUUGCGUAACUAUAACAAAUGGGUCACAACAACGAACGAACGAUAUUAAACAUUCCGUUCUUCGGGUACUCAUUUUUUUGGAAUUUAGCGUACUUUGAUUUUUAUGAAACGCGGUAAUAAAUUUCUCUUUUUUUUUUAAAUUGUGUGUGUUUCCGCAUCAACACGCACCAAUAAAUCCGCAUAUGCGAAUUAUAAUAUGAAGAACGAUCGCUAGCUAUUAUUAUUUGAAAAUAAAUUCGCUUUUCGGAUCAUGGUACAAGUAAUAAUAACAAUAUUAUUUUAAUACUUUACAGAGAAAGUACAAGUUUCGACACUGUUAUCAAUUUCGGUCAUUCUCGCUGAGGAAGAAUACUCUUGAUAAAUAUAUUUGGAUGUACUUGAGUAGAUGUCCGUCUACAAUGACAUUGUUUCCUUUAGUGCGCUGCUUGACAGAGAACUUGCCUUUUAAUAAGCAAGAAAGAAGAGAAGAGAUGUAGGUAAAUUUCAAACUUCCUAAAGAAACUUCUCGAAAGACUUGUUGAUCAGUACUGUUUGAUCACAGCGCUGUCACCUUGUGAAUUUCAAUCUUUUCUUUUUUUCCAAUAUCUUUUCGUCGUUAUUAUAACGAAUCAUUAUUAUAACGAAUGAUUUACGACGUCCUCUCAAUUUCGCACGAUCUACAAAAUAUCAAAAAUUAAUCGAGAUGAUUAGUAGAUGUAUGAUGGCACGUAUGUACAUACGUACAAAUGGGCUCGUCAAAAUGUAAUAAAAUUCUACUUGGAACAAUGCUAACGAUGCUCUUGUGCUGCGAUUAAUUCUCGAUGCUUUUAUCUAGACAUCACGUCCACGAUUUCUAUCUACUGUAGCGCGACAGUCUUCCUCCAACUAUAAAUGUAUGUAUUGCUCUUUAACUAUAUAUGCUGACCUUGAUAUCUAUAUAAAACUCAUGCCUCUCUUUCUAAUGUUUACUACAGACUGUUCAUCAUGAAAUGAAUUCUGUGAAACCGUGUUCGUGUAUCGUGUAUCGAUACAGGUCGAAACUUUUAAAAAACGGCUUUUAUCAAUCACAAUGUUAUCGAUAAUAUUAUUUUAUUUAUUCAUGCCAUUUUCAAUAUUAACAGUGGCACAGAUUACAACGGACACACAUAAGAUUGCUCCGAAAGACUACAUGUUGAGAUCGACGGAAAGUGAAAAUUUGAAAAUUAUUUUGAAUUACGUUCGAGGCAAGCAACAAUUCUAUUCGUCGAUAUUUUCUCUCGUCUAUUUCAACGCUCGAUCUAGUUUUGUAGAUUUUUUAUCCAAGUAUGUAGCGAGUGAAUCUAUCAUUAGUUACAAGAUCACGAUAAACGAUUUCUCACGAAAAUCGCCAUGGCAGAAUCGCGUAGAUCUUACAUGGAUCUUCGUCGUCGAUAAUAUGAAUAUUUUGAAUUCCUUUGUGCACGAACAAAGCCAUAUCUGGAAGGCUACCAAUCAAUACGUAGUAAUUGUCACGACUCCAAAUACGACUUUGCUGCAGGAAACUUUUCAGACGAUUUGGAGAAACUACAACGUCUUUAGAAUUAUCAUUAUUUCGAUAGAAGAUAACUUUCAAUGUUUGAGCAGAUAUUUGCCGUUCGAAAAAAAUCGUCAAAACGAGUAUGGCGUCGUACGAAAGAUCUGUUUAAUGAAUCAAGAAGACAACGACGAGCUCUACACUAAUUUUGAAGAUUUGAACGGAUAUCCUAUACGCGUGAUCGUCUUCUCAUCUUUGAUGAUGAAGAUUACAUUCGAUCAAGAUACGAAGAACUCUAAGUUUAGUGGACUGGAUGCAUACGUAAUGUCGUUGUUGGAACGAGCUAUGGGGACUCGGUUUCGUAUUAACGUGUUUCGUAUUGUUAAUUUCACUGACCCCUUUCAUAGUACUCUCCAAUACAUCGAGAACGGCGAGUCGGAAAUGAUUAUCAACAGUUUCUUUGCUCAUCGAUAUAAGGAAUAUCGAAGUUACGAAUUCACGACUAGCGUUUACGAAGACAAGUUGUGCUUGAUCGCGCCUACGGCUGGUUUCGUACCUAAAUCGUAUAUGCCAAUAAUGUCGUUCGCGCCUGAUCUAUGGAUGGCCCUCGCAGUAUAUAAUAUUCUUGUGUCCGUCCUAUGGUUCUUCAUCAAAUAUUACAGCGUAUCGUUUCGUCGGCAGGAGAUCAUUCUCCUUCCCCUAACGAGAACAACGGGGUACAUACUUUCGCGACGAUCAAAUUUACUGCCAGGAAUACAUCCUUACGCUUCAUCAUGUUUCGACCUUGUCGAAGCUUCAUGCUAUCCGUUGAAAGAAGACGGUGAUGCCGGCAGUACGACCGCUCAAAGAGCUUUCUUGAUCGGCACGCUUUUCUUCGGACUUAUCGUUACCGGUCUCUAUCAAAGUUGUCUCAUGUCUAGCUUGAGCGAUCCCUUUCAUUACCCCGAAUUGAAUACUUUAGAAGACGUCGCCAACUCGAAUCUCACUAUCAUUACAAAGUACUAUAAUCUGAAAGAGAACUCGUUCACGGGAAAUACAACUCUGGACAAUAAAUUGCGGAGUAAGAUUGAAAUAUUUGUCUCUAAUGAAUCUACUAAUGACGUCGUGGCCUUUGGCAGAAAGGUGAUCGCCAUCACCCGUUAUGCGUCGGUUAAGUUGGGGGACAUGUCCAAAUAUUAUGACGUGGACGGCAAUGAACUGCUCCACAUCGUCGAGGAAUGCCCGAUCACCUAUUUAUUAUCCUACGUAAUGAGACCUCAUUCCCCAUACCGGGAGAGAAUCAAUGGAUUAUUGCUACGAAUGCGAGAAGCAGGUCUCGUUCAUUUAUGGUACGAGCGCAUGGCUUAUCCGUCGUACGUAGCCGAGCAGAAAAGAAAGAUAGACAAGAGCGAGAGAAGAAUUAAACUGACUAUGGAACAUUAUUCUCUCACAUUCGUCGGACUUAUGUUUGGUUUAUUUUCUUGCACUGUCGUGUUUCUCACGGAACUGUAUUUCGCCAAGAGGAUCCUGUCGCCAACAAAAACGUAAAAGUUUUUUGAAGAAUAAAACAUCCUCGUAUUAUCUCGCUAUCUUACGCGAGUGAGUGAAAGCUCAUGACAUAGCUCGGCACAUUUCAUUCCCGCUAGCUUUGUCUUCCUUUCGGUCUAAACUUCGCGUACAGCAAAGUUAAUUAUAGAGAACUUUACAUCUGAUUGGCUUAACAUAUACAUCAUCGUAUAUUGUCUCACGUGACGAUACCGGACUUGAUCGUGAUGAUUCGAUCAACAGCUGUUUCAUUCGCAGCACAGUCUCGAGUUUGAUUAAUUGAGCAUAAUAGAAGCUACGUCUCCCUGUCACCCUCAACUAUCGAUCAUGAAAAAAGGUCCUUUAUUUGCGAUAUACCGAUGUCGCACUAAUGAAUUGGCGGUAAAGCGACUUUCUAGAGAGAGAAACAGAGUUUAUUUUAAGAAUCUACGAAAAUACAUACAACACGCCUAUAUGUCCCUCUCUCGCUCCAGUCGCUCUUUCAAAGAAGAAGAAGAAG